UUUGCAGCUAUGUAUGAAGCAUGGUGAAAGCUGAGCAGAAGACCAUUGGAAUGCGUGUAAAUUCCUUUCCUUAGCAUGUAGCCCUGUUUAAUGGCACGACACCGGGGCUUUCUUGAAGUGCGUGGUGUAUCAAGAGAGUCUAGUACAACCCUUACGCAGGAUAAUGCACCCUGGGGAAUGAACACGCCUAUGGGCUUCUGUCCAUUAUCAACACUGUCCAGCCACCAUUCUCUUCUCUCCUCGAAUAGAGAGUAUGAAAGCACUGAGGGUCUACACUCUUCAGGCAUUUCCUCCGCUGAUAGCUGGGCUCAGGAUGACGAGUUUGACAGGAACGCUACUCGGAAAGUUCGCAGCAUGUUUGAGGAACUAGAGACUGCCAUGUUUGAAAAUAAAAACUGCAUCUCAAGAAACUUAGAGCGUGAAAUAUCUGAAUGGACGGAAAUGUUUCCUCACUAUAGGAUACUGGGGAAACAAUUGUGUCUCCCCACGGAGAACGGAACAGAGUUCAUAUCCACGGACUCGGAUCUAAGUAAGCAGGAACUGGACGCCCUGCUAGACCGGUCCCUUACAUUGCACCAGCAGCAUCACUCUGAUGUGGCUGAGCAGUGUUCCCUAUCUGCCCUCGUUUUAGCGGGCACCAAAAUUAAACAAUUUGAAAAACCUCCCGUUGAAGAAGAAAUCUUUGCAUCAGAGGGAAAUAACGAAGAAUAUUUAGCCUACGAUAAACCUGAUUCUUUUAGUUCUGUCGCACAAGUGUACUACAAGUAUCAUCAAAAACCAGGGUUCCCACCGAUAACUCCCAAGUCUCACAGAAAGCAUACAAUUCACAGUUUAGUGUUUGUAUGUCUUUGGAGCGACUGUAUGAAUGCCUCUGAACCACUUAUCGCCAAAAUCUGCACUGGAAUGCUCCCAGAUAUCCUGAGCAGACGGUCUCUGACGAGACCCUCUCUCCUACCCCCUAGUCCUCUACACACGGGCUCCUCAUCACGGGGUCUACAGGACGUCAUGACCAUCAGAAGGGUUCCUUUACAAGAAAGAAGUAGUUCUCAGCAAACUAUCUACAGGGACAUGUCAUCUCAAGUUGGGCGACCCCAAUCCAGCAGACUACCCACAGUUAAGUCGGUCAGUGGUCUCGGUAGUCUCCUUCCUCUCCGUCAGAAAUCACGAGAACACCUCCUUCCUCCUGUCGACAGAACCAAAAUACUUACAUUUCAGUCGCCGAUAUUCAACGCCUCAUCAGCUUCUGAAAACAUCUCCUCUGCAGGAUUACGUGGUCGACAACUACGGCAGCAGCCGAGGAGGUUACCUCCCUUGACAUCAGACUAUGAGCCGUCAGAACACUUCAACCCCCGCUCCGUGGGCAGGAACGGAGAGUCACGUGCUGCUAGCGCUCAACCUGAGGAUGUGUCGCGGCGGAACGUGAGAACGUUUUACUCUACGGACGGUAGGCCAAACACUACCAGUACCUUUAGGGUUCAAACAGCGUUAACUCGACGACCUCCCUCUACCAGCAUGACCCGGAAAUACCAGAGCAUGGCUCCAAUAGGACUCGAAAUAUUUGGGGCCAGCACCGGGACUACCGUCAGUAGUAAAGGAAGCAGGUUAGCAGUGGUAGAUACAGAUAACAGACUAGUUGUUGACGGAGACUACCAAGAGCACGGCACAUCCCCCACCAAGACCCCCACUAUCACAGAGAACGUGUUUACCAAACCUGGCCGGGUCUGGAUUACUGGGGUCCAAGGCGCUGGGCUAAGGAAGAGCUCGAACGUAAGAUGAUGCGUGAGAAGCAGCACGUGGAGCACCACGUGAUUCACUUUUCUCAACACCUGCCUAUCAGAUCAUCAGAUUUCAAGCGCAGCAACCCUUAGGAUUACAUUUGUACAACCCCUACCCUAUCAGAUAUCAGGCGCAACGACCUCUAGGAUGAAAUUGAUAUGUUGAAACCAGAUGUUGGUAAUAUGCUGCCGUCUUCAAAGUUUGGUGUCCAAAUUGAGAGUUGAAGAGAAGGACUUACCGGAGAUAACAAGCCUUCCCGGUAUGCAGGUCCCAGCUUGUAAGAGGCGCGUAUGGUACGUGGUUAAUCCCAGGUGACCUAUUGAUCACUACACCAUCGGAUAUCACUGCAGUGCAAGUGGAAACACGGCUUUCCAUUUCGUCCGCAGUUCGUAAUAUUAUGUUUAAAAGCCCAGGACAUAAAUCAGUCAUGAACAUCUCCUGAAAUGUAAUGGACUAAACAAGAUUGAUAGGAAUAUUCUAGCUUCAUCCGAACCAAACUUGGACGAUACUAAUAUUGCGUAGAAUUUGACGCAUGGUAUUUGAAGUUGAUAAUCUUUAAUAAGCUCAAGAAAGCUGUUUUUGUUUAUUUUGAUUUGACCCACUGACUAUUGAAGUGUUAUGGAGCUUUUGUUCCGACUUUUUGUCGGGUUUAACGAGCAUAAUGACCUAGUUGUUCAUGAUUUGUAAAUCAUGUACCACCAUCCUGAUGUGAAAUGUCUGAGCUUACCACAUUAUGACAUGACCUAUGAAUCUAAUUCAAUCUCUCACAAUACUCUCCUCUUUCACGAUUACCCGUCUUCCUAAGUCCUGACCUUAAAAGUUUUUCAGUAACCUUCGAAAAGUUAAUCAUUGAAAAUGACCCAAAACCGUUUAUUUCAAAUUCUUUAAACAGUCUAAUGUUGAACUCAAAUCUAAAUAAGAAAGUAGAGUAUUACAGACACAGUCAUGACAAUCAUCAGACAUUGGAAAUGGAAUAAGUUGUUUAUUUGGCGUUUAGGAGGACACCUUACUAUUGCUACUUCAUAUUGGUAUUUCGUUCCAUUUAAGGAUUUUCAUUUUAAUUGUUUAACUUCAAAUUAGAAUAUUACAUCAACAUUGCUGUUUUACUAGUUUUUUUUCUUCACAUUGAAUAGUCAACUAUAGAUAAGUUAGAUACAAUGUAUUAGUGAAAAGAGAAAAGGUUGACAUCAUUUUUAUUGUUUGAUAGUAUCAAAAUAUAUAAAUCGCAGUACGGCCAAUGUCUUUCUCAAUAAGCUUGUCUUCUC